AUGGCUCUAAGCCCCCUCCCCUGGCCCCCGCUGGCAUGGCUGUGUGUAGGGCUGCUGUUGCCCCUGCUGCCCCUGGUGCGGGGCGGGGAGUGCCCACGGCUGUGCGUGUGUGAGGUGCGACCCUGGUUCACCCCUCAGUCCACCUACAGGGAGGCAGCCACAGUGGACUGCAAUGACCUGCGGCUGACACGCAUCCCCUCCAACCUGUCCUUUGACACCCAGGUGUUGCUGCUCCAGAGCAACUCCAUCGCCCACACCAGUGGGGAGCUAGAAGCCCUGUUCAACCUGACGGAGCUGGACCUGUCCCAGAACAACUUCAGCAGUGUGGAGGCCGUGGGCCUUGCCAACAUUAACCUGCUCACCACCCUGCACCUGGAGGAGAACCUGAUCAGCCAGCUGCCCGACCACUGCCUACAGGACCUCAGCAACCUGCAGGAGCUCUACAUCAACCACAACCAGAUCAGCUCCAUCGCCCCAGGAGCCUUCUCUGGCCUGCGCAGCCUGCUGCGCCUCCACCUCAACUCCAACAGGCUCCGGGUCAUCGACAGCCGCUGGUUCGAGGCCACGCCCAACCUGGAGAUCCUGAUGAUCGGCGAUAACCCUGUCAUUGGUAUCUUGGACAUGAACUUCAAGCCCCUGGGGAGCCUGAGGAGCCUGGUUCUGGCUGGCAUGGACCUCACCGACAUUCCCGGGAAUGCUCUGAUGGGUCUGGAUAAUCUGGAGAGCCUGUCCUUCUACGACAACAAGCUGGUCCGAGUGCCCCAGCUGGCCCUGCAGAAAGUGGCCAACCUGAAGUUCCUGGACCUGAACAAGAACCCGGUGCACAAGAUCCAGGAGGGGGACUUCAGGAACAUGCUGCAUCUGAAGGAGCUUGGCAUCAACAACAUGGCUGAGCUGGUGUCCAUCGACCGCUACGCCCUGGACAACCUGCCUGAGCUGACCAAGCUGGAGGGCACCAACAACCCCAAGCUGUCCUAUAUCCACCGGACGGCCUUCAGGGACGUGUCCUCCUUGGAGAGCCUGAUGCUCAACAACAAUGCCCUCAACGCCAUCUACCAGUGCACCGUGGAGGCGCUGCCCAACCUGCGCGAGAUCAGCCUGCACAGCAACCCGCUGCGCUGCGACUGCGUCAUCCAGUGGAUGAGCUCUAACAGGACCAGUGUGCGCUUCAUGGAGCCCCUGGCCAUGCUGUGUAGCUCACCACCCGAGCUCCGGGGCCAGCGGGUCAGAGAGGUGAGGCUGCUGGACUCACCAGAGCAGUGCCUGCCCCUCAUCUCCCACAACACCUUCCCCAGCCACCUGAGCCUAGAGCUGGGCAUGAGUGUCAGCCUGGACUGCCGGGCCAUGGCUGAGCCCGAGCCAGAAAUCUACUGGGUGUCUCCUAUGGGGAGCAAGAUCACAGCGGACACGGUGUCGGAGCUGUACCACCUGAGCAGUGAGGGCACCCUGCGGCUGUCCCAUGUCCAGGUGGAGGACUCGGGCCGCUACACCUGCGUGGCCCAGAACACAGAGGGGGCUGACACACGCGUCACCACCAUCCGCGUCAACGGCACCCUGCUGGACAGCGUCGAGGUGAUGAAGAUCUACGUCAAGCAGACCGAGUCCCACUCCAUCCUGGUCUCCUGGAAGAUCAACUCCAACGUCAUGACCUCCAACCUUAAGUGGGCCUCGGCCACCAUGAAGAUCGACAAUCCCCACAUCACCUACACUGCACGCGUGCCUGUCGACGUACACGAAUACAACCUGACCCACCUGCAGCCGGGCACUGAGUAUGAGGUGUGCCUCACCGUCUCCAACAUCCACCUACAGACCCACAAGUCGUGUGUUAACGUGACCACGCGCAGCAUCACCUUCACCCUGGACGUGUCGGACCAGAGGCCCAGCGCCGCCCUGCUAGUCGUCAUGGCCACCAUGCUGGCCUUUCUCAGCCUGGCCACCAUGGGGGUGUACGUGGCCCGCCGCUGGAAGAGGAAGAACUAUCACCACUCCCUGAAGAAGUACAUGCAGAAGACCUCAUCCAUCCCCCUCAAUGAGCUCUACCCGCCCCUCAUUAACCUGUGGGAGGCGGACAGUGAGAAGGACAAGGAGGGCGGGGCAGAGAGCAAGCCCUCCCCCGUGGACACCACACGCAGCUACUACAUGUGGUGA